AUGCUUCUCAAGCCCUUGGCCGUUGUCGUGGCAUUCCUUGCCCAGCAUGGCGCGACGCAGGGCGACAUGCUUCGGUUUGGAUGCUCACAGCUCGUUAUUGAGCGCGUUGACCCAAUCGUGAACCCGGGCAUGAACCCGUCAGCGCACGCUCAUCAGAUUGUGGGAGGGAGCUCGUUCAAUGUCACAAUGGACCCGGCCAGCUUCGAUCCCUCCAAAGCAUCGACCUGCACAUCAUGUCUUUACGCCGAAGAUAUGAGCAAUUACUGGACGGCGAGCAUGUAUUUCAAGUCGCCCGAAAAUGGGAGCUACAGACUGGUUCCGCAAUUUGCCAACUGGCGGCGCCCGAAUGGAAAAGAACUGCUACCGCAGGACGGAGGUCUUACAGUCUACUACAUGCAGCCUUUCAGCGGCAAGCCCAAAACCACUUCAUUCCGUCCAGGAUUUCGGAUGUUGGCAGGAAAUCCCAAUCUUCGAAGCAAGACUGGCACGUUCCCGGGCAUCUGUCACCGGUGCAUCGGGAACGGAGAAGGGGGCGCGCCGUGCGACUCCAAGGACACGUCAGAGUUCCCGGCCAAGGUUUGUCCCGGGGGUAUCAGGGCGACCGUCAUCUUUCCGACUUGCUGGGACGGCAAGAAUCUUGACAGUCCUGACCAUCAAAGCCACAUGGCUUACUCUGGUCGUUCGGCCUUGGCGGGUGAUAGCUGUCCUGCUAGCCACCCUGUGCGUGUACCCCAGGUCAUGUACGAGAUCAUGUGGGAUACCAAGCCCUUCAACGACCCGAAGUACUUUCAGGGGGGGAAGCAGCCGUUUGUGUACAGCUUUGGUGACGGAACUGGCCACGGACAACAUGGAGACUACUUGUUUGGCUGGAAAGACGACUCUCUCCAGCGCGCCAUGGACAAUCUCGGCAAGAACGGAUGCUCUACCGACACCUGCAGCAGCCAGUUGACAAUUCAAGCCGCCAAAGAUAUUAUUGGAUGCACAAAAUCGCCGCACUCAGAUGAGGAUGUUGGAAGAAAAGGGAACUGGCUCGCUACAAUCCCCGGAAACCCACAGGUUACUUACAAGUGA